CCGCCCAUCUUCUUGAAUGGUAGGGAUGGUCGGUGUCCUGUCGUUCAUAUAUGGUCUUUGGCGGGCCCUCCUCCUAUCCUUUCCUUGGUGACAAACAUCUAUGAAGAUGACAUGAGAGAAGACCAAACCAGUAGAAGGCAAAUGAUGGCAAAGGACUUUGUUGUAGGCAAACAUAAGAAAAGAUUGAACUUUGUAGAUGCUCAUUUUUUCAGUCUUCCAACACAAGGAAAUGUGUAUACUCUUACACCUCUUACGGAUGCCAAAGGAUUCACCAAGAUUCUGGUGGCUUCUCUUCAAAGAAAGGUAUAUUGUUUAGAAUAUAGCAAUGGGAGGCCUUGCAUAAGAGAAGUCCCCUUCACUUAUAUACCUGGUGGAGCUGAAAUCAUAUCUAUUGAUGCUGUAAACAGAUCUGUCAUUCAAGAGGAUUUCAUCAUAGGAAUUACAAUUAUUAAAAAGGAUGAUGCGACAGGACAGCAGAGCCAUUUCUUCAAUGUUUACUCAGACUGGGAUUUAAAUUCAGACAGUGCCUUAGAGGUUGUGUCUCAGAACUGCCUGCCACUUGAAUUGGACUUUGUACCUUAUCAUCUCUACCACAUUAAAACAAAAGGCAAAAAUGGAUGGGAGACAGUCUGGUUACUGAGUGGGAGUGAUUGUUGCAUCCACAUCUAUCACUCAGAUGAUGAGAGUCACAGUUAUCAGGAAGUGGAUUGCUCAGAAUCAUUUCCAGAGUUCACCAAUAUGACUGACAUUACUCUUUGGAUGGAUAUCUCUUAUUCUUCAGAUAAUAAACAAAGAGUGUCAGCAACAUGUGGUGAGGGGGGCAUUGUUCACAUGUUUUGCGUGAAUGUGGAAUCUAAGCCACUGGUAACUGCAAGUCGCACUGUACUUUGGGAUUAUCCAUCUGCAUCUGUUAAGAUAUUUGACUUGAAGACUGUUCUGCCGAUCCCCAGGUAUCUUCAAGGAGUCCACAGGUUACAAGAAAAGGCUUUGAGAAGAGAGCCAGAAGCCCCUGCAUAUAUUGUGGUGGGUAACACCUUGGAGUCCUGUAUUGUGUACAGAGAUUUUGUGAGUUGCCAAAGCGGUUACCGACUACCAGAAUCUAAUGCCAAUGAUGUCGUAACAUGCUGCAUUGUGUGUGAUAUAGAUCAAGAUGGCAAAAAUGAAAUAUUAGUUGGAACAUAUGGACAAACUGUAAUUGUUUACAAACUCAGAGAAGAAGAAGAACCAUCUACUUGGGAUAUUCACCACAGAAUAACAGUACCCUGCCCAGUACUUUCAUUGGCCUAUUGUGAUGUUAUGGGAGAUGGCUCAUUUCAGCUUAUUGUCAUGACCACCACAGGCAUACAUAUUUUUCAGCAUAACCCCUGGGAAGUGGCAUCAGUCAUCCUUAGUAGGCUGGAAGCCCUUACUGAAACUGAAGCUGAUUUCAUUCCUACUGGUGCAGAAGUAAAGGCCAGUUAAUAAUGCAGAAAAUUAUAAAAACUUGUGAUCCAAACACACAAUACUGUACUGUUCAAGUAUGUUUAUGUAAAUGAGUUUGAUAUGUGAAUUUUUCUAAUAAAUUUAUAGACUCAA